AUGGACGCAGGAACAGAAGGAGGAAAAGGAGAAGGAGGAGAAGAAGAAAAUGGACGAACGGAAGAGCAAAGAGGAGAGGGAGGCAAGGGGGUUGCAGGAGGGGAGGGGGUGCCAGGAACGGUGCUGGUGAUGCAAGUGUUAGUGGAUGUGUACGUUCACAAGGAAAUCUGGUACCUGCCUGCUAGAUGGAAGGGAGGGGCCGCCACCGCCUUUGUUCUCUCCCAUCUCCGCUCUGAUUGGCCCAUGCAUCCGUGUAACCAGCCUUCUAGCACUGCCAGCCGUACCCAACCUGCCGCACCUGUCCCUCUUUCCACAUCAGCGGUCGGCGCUACAGUGGAUGAUGGGGAGAGAGAGGGGGAGAGUGCGGGAGGGAUAUGGAGGGUCCUGCAGGGGUUUGUUAGGAGUCCGUUAGUGAGUGUGUUGAGGAUGAGAGAGGAAGAGAGUGAGUGUGGUGGUGGUGGAGUGGGGAGUGUGAAGGGGAAUGGGAAUAGGAGUGGAGGGAGCGAGGGGAGGGUGAUGCUGUGCGAUGUGAUUACAGGGGGAGUGAGGUUCCUAUGGAGCAACGAGAGGAGAAGUGGAAGGGCAAAGAGACAAAGUAGAGAAUGGGAAGAAGAGGAAUGCAAGAGUGGGUUGCAGGAAAGAGCAAGUCGACAAGAGGGCGAGAAGAGGGAAAAGGAAGGUUUGGGAUGUUCAGGCUUGGCAACUUUGGAGUUCGGCAGACUAGGCGCAGUACUGGACCUAGAGGACAGGCUCGGCAUGGUGCCGGACGCGCGGGGAGGUCUGUUUUGUGACGAGCCUGGGCUGGGUAAGACUGUGACUGCCUUGGCGCUGAUUCUCAAGACCAAGGGGUUGCUUCCGGCUGUGCCUAGGGGUAGCCGAUUGGUGGUGUGUGGGAGGAAGGGAGAGAAUGGAGUGAACGGGUGGAGUGGAGGAGGAGGAGUAGGAGGGGUGUGGAAAGGAGGGUUGCUGGGGUAUUACGAGAGGGUUAUACCCGGAGAGGCAAGGAAAGGGAAGGAGUGGGAGGGUGGGGGGGCGUGGGUGAAGCAGGCCGGGCAUGGCUAUGCGAUGGGGGGAGGGCAGGAUGGCGUGGAUGAGAUUAGGGGGAAGAAGGGGAUGGUAGAGUGCGGUUUAGAGGAGAAGGAGGCAGAUUGGAAUGUGUUGAAUGCGGUGCAUGAGAGUGGCAACAGGUGUGAUGCGGUGCAGGGGGAUGGAAGUGGGAUGACAGAGAAGGUGUUAACUGGGGGCAGUGUGAUGAAAGUGGGGGAUGGCGGGGCAGAGUUGAAAAGUGGGACAGAGAUGAGAGGUGGGCCAUUUUUGAGAGGUGGGGCAGAGGGGAGGGAGGAGACUGAUGGGAGUGGGGCAAAGGGCGGGCGACAGGAGAAGGGUGAGGGAGGGGAGAGGAGUGAGGGAGAAGUUAAAGGCCGGGGAGGGAUGAAGCUUAGGGCAGAGGGAAAGAGUGAGGGGGAUGAGGGGGAGCUUACGACCAAGGGAGAGGAGAAGAGUAGGGGAGUGAAGGGCGGAGGGAAGGGGUCGAGGAGACCCAGAUCGAGUGCUGGCAGGAGGGGCAGUGCAGCAAAGGAAGCAUCCGAGGGGGCAGCAGGGGAGGCAGCAAUGGAGGCAUCAAAGAGUGCAAUGACCCGAUGGGGAAAUGAUCCCAUUGCAAUGGUGCUUGCCUUGCAAGCGCCGAAUUUGACGAGUCAGAUGGAUGUGGGAGGUGGGCUGGGAGGGAGAGUGGUUCAGAGCGGUGUGCAGCGGAAUCAGGGAUCAGGGAUUUGUGCUGCUGACACGCCUGGGUUUGCUGAUGGGACUCUUGUGACAGGUGCUCAGGCAAGGGAAAACAGCAGGGAGGCAGGAAAAGAGGAGUGGAGCAAGGCAGGAAAAGAGGAUGGGAGCAAGGCAGUAGAUGUUUCUUGGAGUGAUGAUGAGAUCAAGGAUGCUGGAGCUGAAGGCGAGGAGGCUGGGAGGAGAAGGAAGAGGAGGCACCGUGGUGGAGGUGGCAGGAGGAAUGGUUGUGUUGAUGGUGGUGAGUGUGCUGCUCGUGAUGAUUGCUUUGCGUGGGGAAACGGUCAUGAGGAGGGUAAGGAGGAAGGUGUAGAAAAGGUCACAGAAGAAGGUAGAAGUGAAGACGGGGUGAGGUACCUUGGCAAGGGGAGGCGAUGGGAAGAGGAGGAGGAGGAGUUGGAGGAGGACGAGGAGGAGGAUGAGGAGAGAGGAAGUGGUGAGAGGGAAGAUGAUGAGUGGGUGCCUUCUAGUGCGGGCAGCGACAGGCGAGUGGGCUCUUCCGCUCGUGCCGAGGACUCAACACCGGCCUCUCGCCUUUCCACGGGUGCCUCUUGUUCCUCUGCGCAGAUAACUCCAUUGACUCCCAAACGCAGGCGCACAGCAGUGCAUUUGCGCAGACACAAAGAGGCGAGGAUGCAAGAGCUGAUAGUUACGCGAGGGGAUGGGGAUGAUUGUAAGGUUGUGGCUGAUGGGGAGAAAGGGCGAGAGAAUAAAGGGGAUAAGGAGAGGGCAGAAUUAGGAGAGGGAGUGGGGCAGAUUGUACGGGAGAAAGAGAAGAAUGUCGCAAUGGGGACAAGGAGCCACGGGUUAGGGGUAAGGCGCAAGUGGGGAACGGAGGAGGAGGAGAAGGUGAUGGUGGUGCAGGAGGGUGAGCAAAAGGCAGAGACUGAACCGCAAGUGGCAGCCAGGCAAAACGUGACUGUUAAGGAUGAUAAAAAAGCAGACAAGCAGCACGUGACUGUAAAGGGCGGACAAGAAGCAGACAAGCAGCACGUGACUGUAAAGGGCGAACAAGAAGCGGGCAGGCAGCAUGUGACUAUAAAGCUGGCUGAGACGAGCCGCGAGGGGCAGCGUUUGACAGACCGCGAGUUGGUGGAGGAAAAUUGUGAGCCAACUCAAAAGCUGUGUUGUGAGAGGCAGUGUGAGGCAGAAAGCGAGCUUGUGAAGAAAGGUGUUGAGUCGACUCAAAAGACGGGCUGUGAGGGGCAAUGUGGGGCAGACAGCGAGAGCGAGAGGAAUUUGGAGGCGCCUCAAGAGAGCGAGACUGUGGAGAAAUGGGUCUCCUGCGACGAGUGUGGCAAGUGGAGGAAGGUUCCCGGAAGCUACACCUAUCCGGAGAACCAGUUGUGGUUCUGUGGGUUGAACCCCGACCCGGCCCGGCGGGUCUGCUCCGACCCAGAGGAAUCUGCCAGUGCUGACUCCGACAUUUCUUCACUGCCCGGAUUCUGCCUGGUCGAGGCAGCGUUUGAUGACGGGCUUCCCGCAAAUGUGUCGCUAUUUGUGGAGAGGAUCAAGAGCAGGUUUCGGCGGGCUGAGUCGGAGUUGGAGUGGAGUGACGUGGUGGGAGGGCAAGGGGAAGACGAGCGGGAGGGGUUGGGUCUGGGGAAGGUGGGUCUGGGGGAGGUGCAUCUGGGGGAGGGGGGCCUGGGGGAGGUGUUGACUGGUGGUCUUGGCGGUGUGGGUGCGGGCGGUGUGAUAGACAGCACCGGAAGGAACUCGUCUCAUGCCUCUGGUACUGUGGAUGGCGCUGCUGCUGCUGGUGAUGGUGACAGAGGAGGGGGAGCAGGAGGAGGAGCAGGUGGAGCAGGAGGAGCGGCGGGAACGGGGGAAGCGGCGGACACAGGAGGAAUAGGCACGCGAGGCAGGCAAAGGGCCAAGCCCAACCAGAAUGCACGUGGUGGUGGAGGGUCGUGGGUGCUCCCCCCCUCCCUCUCGCCCCAACUUACCUUUGACUUUGCUUCCUUCCGCCAUGCUCUUGCGAUUGUUGACGGGAGGAACGGGCUGGGCUUAGGCGUCCAGGACGCUGGACGCGUCUUUCUCCACAUAGCUCUGCGCGUGUGUGUGUACGACGGGGCCAAUCAGAAGGCGCCAGCUGUCCACAGCCUGGCAUGGGAUUAUGAUGUGGUGGUAACCACGUUUAGCAGGCUGAGUGUGGAAUGGGGGGGAGGGGAGGAGAAGGAGAUGGGAUGGGGAGGGGAAGAGGGGGAUUGGGCGAGUGAGGGUGAGGGGUCGGGGAGUGAAAGUACUUGGUGGGAUUCUGAGGAGGAAGAGAGGGGAGAGGAGGAAGAGGAAGGUGAGAUACAAGGGGAAGAAGAGAGGGGAGGAGAGGGGGAUGCGGGGACAAGGGGACAUGUGGAGCGAGAUAAAAAAGUUAGGGAGGGAAGAAUUCAAAAGACUGGAGGAGUUACAUUGGGAGAGCAGAGCAGGAAGGGGGUCAAGAGAAGGUGGGAUGGACAAGCAGAUGAGAGGAACAUUAAUCAACAGUUGAGUGCUAGGGAACGCAGUCCCAGAUACAGACAAACAGAGCCACUUGGAUGCCCGUCUCAUGGAUGGCAGGACGGCGGGCGGCGGCCUCAGCGGGUGGCGAGGAAACGGGUCCGGCUGGGAGUGAAGGAGAGCCGUCGGAUCGCGUCGCCGCUGCUGCGCAUCCAUUGGCUGAGAGUGAUUCUGGACGAGGGGCACACGCUGGGAGCCAGCCUGGCAGCCACGAACAAGCUGCGCAUGGCCAUGGCUCUGAGGGCUGCGAGGAGGUGGAUUCUCACUGGCACUCCCACUCCCAGCACCCCCACCAGCCAGGUGGCACACCUCUUCCCGCUGCUCUCCUUCCUGCACGAGCCCAUAUAUGGCCGGCAGCAGGGCGUGUGGGAGCGGGCAGUUCAGAAGCCAUUUGAAGCAGGCAGGCCCGAGGGCAGGCAGCGACUGGUGCAGGUGCUGACUCGGUGCAUGUUCGUGGGGCAGAAGGAGGGCGUGCUCUCCAUCCCGCGCUGCGACAGGAAGGUGAAGCUGCUCUCCUUCUCCCCGCAGCACGCCGCCUCCUACAACGAAUUUUUCGAGACCGUUCAGCGAAACCUGCUGCUGGCCGACUGGAUGGACCCCUCUCACGAGGAGUCUCUCUUAAACCCCCAGAACUUAAAGCAGGCCAAGCAGACACUCAACAACGUGCGCCUCUCCUGCUGCGUCGCCGGGCACAUGGAAAGUUACGACCUGCCCGGGGUUAUUGACGAGACCAUGCAGCAGCUGGUGCAGGGCGGGCUGGAGCCUGGCUCGGGAAGGUUUGAGGAGAUUCGGGCAGCUUUGAAGGGAGGAUGCUGCUGUGAAAGGUGUGGCGAGUGGGUGCGUCUCCCCAUAGUCACCCCCUGCGCGCACCUGCUGUGCAUCACGUGCGUGGCAACCGACAAGCACGCGCCGGGCUGUUCGAGACGGUACCGCAUGCAGGAGCCCAAGGACAUGAAACGUCCUGAGAAUGCCAACCCCAAGUGGAGCAUGCCACAAGACCUAAUCGAGCUGCAGCCAUCGUAUGAACAGACGACAGCCAGCACCAAGGUGGAUUACCUUCUCUCGCAGCUGCGCCUGCUCGCUCCCAUUCUCCACUUCUCUUUCACCUUUCCUCGUUCUCCUCCCCCCCUUCCUCUCAGAGGGAGUGGCAUCUGGAAUGGCAGGCGACAGCCAGCACCAAGGUGGAUUACCUUCUCUCGCAGCUGCGCCUGCUCGCUCCCAUUCUCCACUUCUCUUUCACCUUUCCUCGUUCUCCUCCCCCCCUUCCUCUCAGAGGGAGUGGCAUCUGGAAUGGCAGGCGACAGCCAGCACCAAGGUGGAUUACCUUCUCUCGCAGCUGCGCCUGCUCGCUCCCAUUCUCCACUUCUCUUUCACUUUUCCUCGUUCUCCUCCCCACCUUCCUCUCAGAGGGAGUGGCAUCUGGAAUGGCAGGCGACAGCCAGCACCAAGGUGGAUUACUUGCUCUCGCAGCUGCGCCUGCUCGCUCCCCCUCCUCCUCCUGCCCCUCCUCUUCCCGGCAGUGAGCUGUCUGCCCCUCCUCUCUCCACUGCAUCACCUCCACUAUACCCACCUGUAGGACCACCACUGUUGUCACAUUCAAUACAGUCACCAUCAGCAGCAGCACAGCCACGCACAAGCACGGAGAGGGGGCAGCAAAUGGCUGUGCUGCCCAGGCCAUGGGCACAAGGCCCUGUGGCUGCUGGGGGGCUUGGAUGGGAGAGGGACGGGUGUGGCGGGGAGAGGGACGGGUAUGGCAGGGAGAAGGGGAGAUACGAUGGCGAGAAGGCGAUAGUGUUCACGCAGUUUCUGGAGCACAUCGCACUGCUGGAGGCGCAGCUCACACUCGCCGGUGUCAACUUCGCUGGCCUUUACAACCCCAGGCCUCAAUCCGUCAAGAUGCAGGAGCUGCUGCGCUUCCAGCACGACCCGGCGUGCCGCGUGCUUCUAAUGAAUGGCACGGGGUCGCCCGGUCUCGACCUCUCCUUUGUGUCCCGCGUCUUCCUCAUGGAACCCGUGUGGGACCCCAGUGUGGAGGAGCAGAUGGUGUCUCGAGCGCAUCGCAUGGGCGCCUCUCGGCCAAUCACGGUGGAGACAUUGGCCAUGGCAGGCACGCUGGAAGAGCACAUGCUGCACAUACUGCAGCGGGGCGCAGGCGAAGCAGACGCAGGCAAGGGAGGCAGUGGCACGCAACGCCGUCGUGCUGGCACUGAAGCUCGUCUGCCCUCCCCUCCUUCCCGGUGCUUCCCCUCUUCAUUGCAGCGUCUGCCCGACCGCGGGGCGCAGGCAAAGCAGCGCCAAGCAAGGGAAGCCGUGGCACGCAACGCCGUCGUGCUGGCACUGAAGCUCGUCUGCCCUCCCCUCCUUCCCGGUGCUUCCCCUCUUCAUUGCAGCUGGGGCGCAGGCGAAGCAGAGGCAAGAAAGGGAAGCAGUGGCAUGCAAUGCUAUUUUGCUCGCCCUUCUAACCCACCUCUCCUUUUUCUCUUCGGUGCAGCGCCUGCCCGACAGCGGAGCGCAGGCAAAGCAGAUGCACGCAAGGGAGGCCGUGGCACGCAACGCCAUUCUGCUCGCCCUUCUUAUUCUCCCUUCUUAGCCGUGUUUCCAAUCCCUUGGUUGCAGUGUCUGCCCGACAGCGGGGCGCAGGCGAAGCAGCGCCAAGCAAGGGAAGCAAUGGCGUGCAACGCCAUUCUGCUGGCGCUUCCAAUCCUCACCUCCUCCCGUCCUCCCCUUGCUUCCCCGUGUUCCCCCUCUUCGGUGCAGCGUCUGCCUGACAGUGGAGCGCAGGCGAAGCAGCGCCAAGCAAGGGAGGCCGUGGCAUGCAAUGCCAUUCUGCUUGCUCUGAAGCUCGUCCGCACCGCCGACUCCUCCCUGCCACUCUCUCCCUCCAACACCACCUCCCCGGCGAAAACCCUCUCCUCCUCCCAUCCCCUUUCCCCCGCCCAACCCCUCACCUCCUUCUCCCAAGCCUUCUCCCCCACCAACCCCCUCUCCUCCACCCACCCCCUCAGUUCCCCUACCCCCCUGUCGUCCCGCCAGUCCCUCCUUCCCUCCAACCUCUCAUCUCCCCUUCUCUCUCCCAGCCAGCAACUUCCCUGCAGCCUCUUGCCCCUGCCAGCCCUCUCACUCCACCCCUUCCCCCAACUGCUCGGUCGGCAGUCAACAGGCGCUGCUUGCCUCUCGCCCAAGGCCCAUCGGGUGCUGAUCAGAACAGCUGGUGUUGCCACGGAGGACACAUGUGAGGGAGGUACAUCUGAGGGAGGUACAGCUGGUGCCACCGGUGAGGCUGUAGGCAACAGCAUGGUUCCUUUUCUUGGCACUGCCGCGGCAGGAAGUGCAGCCAGGGCAGCAGAGGCACGGGCAGGGGGUGUGGCAGGGGUCAUUGCUGCUCACACUUCACAUUCUUCUGCUGCUUGUGGUAGAUGGGAAGGGGAGCAUGGUGCAUAUACAGGGCAGGCAGGAGGAGGAUUUCUUGGAGGGGAGAAUGGAGGUGCAUGGGAGGAAGGGCAUGCAGAGGAAGAGAUUGGUCCAUGCAAAGAAGAGCUUUCAAAUCCUGGAAUGGAAAUGGCUGGUUCUCAAGUAGAAAAAUGGGGAGCCACUGCCACCACCCAACUAAGGGGGGAGAGGAUUGAGGUGCCAGCUUUGGAAGGAGCAGAAGGCAAGGUGAAUCGGAGACUGAGGGUGGUGAGGUUUGCAGAUGAAGGCAUGCAACCAGAGCUGCUGGCCACGGUGCUCAGACCAGCAGCUGAAUGA